AUGUUCAAGCUUACAAUCGUCAUCUUUGCUUUAAUUGCUUGCGCUACUGCCAAACCAGGUUUAAUUGGUGCACCUUUAGCUUAUACUGCACCAGCAGCUGUUGUAGCUGCACCAGCACCACUCAUCACAGCUACAAGUAAUCAAGUUGUGGCUAGAACUUUCAAUGGAAUUGCUGCUGCACCAAUCGUAGCCGCCGCUCCAGUUGCACCAGUAGCUAGAAUUGUUGCACCAGCACCACUUGCGGCUGCUCCUAUUGCACCAAUUGCACCUGUAGCAGCACCUCUGGCAGCUGCUGCUCCAUUGGCAUAUUCAGCACCUUUAGCUUAUUCUGCACCUCUAGUAGCACCUAGACUUGCUGCACCAUUAGCUUAUGCACCAUCAUAUCCAUCACAUUUACACUAUACCGCUGCAUCUCCAUACUCUUAUGUAUUUUAA